AGAUUUAAUACUUGGUACAAAACCCUUUGUUGGUGAUGACGGCUUCAAGACGCCCCCUGUUGGAGAACCUAGUCACAUGCACUGCUCAGGUGUGAAUUUGGUCCAUUCUCCCACACUUGAAGGUUCCGUGGGCCUCUUCUAUGAACUCUGGUCUUUAGUUUCUUUCCAUAGAUUUUCUAUUGGACUCACGGCAGGUGAUGGGCUGGGUCAUUCUAGCAGCAUCAUCUUCUCUGAAACCAAUGAGGAGCUUCUUUGGAUCCUUGUCUCGAAGAAAUAGGGACUGGACCAGCUGAUCUUCAUCUCCACGGACAAGGGGCAGGAUGCUUCUAAUCACUGAUAGAGCUGGACCACAGACCGCUGUUCAUUGUCCCUGCGGUUACACCUUCUCCAUGGGAAUCGAACUCACGGAGCCGGAGGUGCCGGACGAUGCGGUGGGCAGGCGGGUGUUCUGCGGCGCGGCGCGGGCCACGGUCCGGUACGUGGGCCCGGUACCACCGACAGAAGGGCUGUGGCUCGGUGUGGAGUGGGACGAGCCCAGCAGAGGGAAACAUGACGGCAGCCAUGACGGAGUCCACUACUUCACGUGCAGAGACGCUACAGGCGGCUCCUUCGUCCGUCCAGCCAAGGUGAGCUUCGGCGUGGACUACCUGACGGCCGUGCGCCUGGCGUACGACACGGACACGGACACACCGCUGAGUGACACGGUGUCCGCCAUGUUCAAGGAGAAGCCCAUCGAGGAGCGCAGUUUUCAGAGUCUGACGUCGGCGCUGCUGGGAGAGCGUCAGGUGAACGGACCCGGAAGAGACGGAGACAUCAGGAAAACAACUCCCAACAUCAAGUGGUUGGACAUGUCCCGCAGUCUGCUGUCCAGCUGGGAGGACGUGUCCACCAUCACUGAGCAGCUGGAGGGACUGCAGGUUCUCCAGCUCAGCUACAACACUCUGGGUUUGACCUCCGACCCCUCGUCUCUGAGUCGCUCGUUCUUCAGCCUCAAAGUUCUCAGUCUGAUCAGAUGUGACCUCACCUGGCCACAGAUCCUGGAGUGCGCCCCCAUGUGGCCACAGCUGGAGGAUCUCUGUGUGGAAGACAACAACAUCACAGAGCUGCAGAGGCCGGAGGGCGUCCUGCAGAACGUGUCCAACCUCAGUCUGUCCCGAAACCCCUUAGUGCAGGAGACGGUGGUGAAUCUCUCUGCUCUGCCCAGGCUGCAGCAGCUGACCUUGAGUCAGUGUGGACUGUCCCUCAUCAGGUUCACUGACGCUGCUCCUGGUUCACAAACCGACAAGUUUCCAGAACUGAGGGAAGUGAAUCUGAACGACAACAACAUCACAGAGUGGUGUGUGGUGGACGAGCUGGCGAAACUUGGCAGCUUGAAGAAGUUGUCGUGUCGUGGAAACCGUCUGACGAGUUGUGAUGGGAACCGGAAAACAGCUGAUCAGAUUCUGAUCGCCAAACUGGGACAACUGGUCACGCUCAACAACUGCCAAAUACACCCUGAGGAGAGGAGGGGGGCGGAGCUUGACUACAUCAAGAUGUUUGGAGGGGAGUGGCUGAAGACGGGGGGGCGGAGUCAGACCAGCGACCAGUUCACACUUCAACAUCCGAGAUAUCAGAGCCUUAUUGACAAGUACGGAGCUCCGGACGAAGGAGAACUGACGAAGCCGAAGUCGUUUGCUCUGAAGAUUCAGCUGUUAAAGAUCACGUUCCUGUUUCCUGAUGACGCCGAGCGGGCGCCCAUCCACAAGACUGUCCCAGCCUCCAUGCUGGUUCAGAAGGUGAAGGGUCUCCUGCAGAGACUGUUGAAGGUUCCUGUUGCAGAUCUGAAGCUCACUUACUGCACUCCCAAGAAGCUCGGGACGGAGUUUGAGCUCGACAGCGACACAAAGACUCUACAGUUUUACACCAUAGAGGAGGGAGACCAGGUCCUGGUCCGCUGGUCCUGACACAGACCAGGACCUGGAAUAGGACCUGGACCUGGACCAGGACCAAGACCAGGACCUGGAGCAUUGAUCCACAGCAAAGCAGAAGCUUCCAGGACUGAACCUGAUCCAGAAUGACACUCGGCUCCGCUUCACUUGCUUUUCCAACCCUCACAGUCACUGAGUGAAACUCACAUUAACACCGGGGGGGGGGGGGGACUCCAUGAGGAGAGAAUGUGUCCCCUCAUCUCUUAGAGACGCUGGACUCCGGUUCAGACGUCAACCCACAGAGACACGUUAGCAUCAGAUGAAUAAAGUGUUUCAAAAAGU